GACCGGAGACAAAGCUCUGGAGUAGACUAGACACAUUUGUCAUCUCUUACUCUGUUAAACACUAACUGAACUCUCCACACUUGGAUGCAGGACAAAAUCAGUCUCAUUUUUUUCGUCUAAAGAUGUGGAAAUUUUUAAUAUUCACCAUCUGCCUAACCCAGAUCCUGUCCUGUGUGGAGUCGUGCUUUCUCCAGAGAUCUCUCUACGUAAAUUCACCUGGAAGACUUCGACCUGGACACCGUGUAGCAAAAGUUGAAACCGUCGGCUGUGAUGCGAAAUCAACGCGGUUAACUGUGAAGGACCCGAGUUUCACAAUAAAAAGUAACGGGGAAAUUGUAGCUUUAACGUAUGUCUCAGUGGGAGAAAGAGGACGGACAUUUUCUGUGUGUGCUCAGGACAAUAGUGGACUGGAAAGUAAGAUGGAAGUUCACCUUGUCCGCAGUACAAUGCUGAAAAGACAUCAACGAGGCCAAGGCUCCCUGAACCGCUCUAAAAGACGGAGAGAUUGGAGACGUCCGACAUUCAAUAUAGUGGAGAAUUAUGAAGGGAACUAUCCAGAAGAGCUUUCAACGUUAGUGAUAGACGCUGCAGAAUACCAUGAUGUGUACUAUACUAUCGAAGGAGAAGGAGUCGAUACGUAUCCAACUGGAGUGUUCAGUCUGGACAGAGACACGGGGGCUCUGCUCUUGCUCAAAGCACUGGAUCGUGAGGAGUUCCCAGAAUAUGAUUUUGUAGUGCGUGCUUUUGACAAGCAUACUAAUGUGCAGCUAGGCGAGGAAUUGCCCCUGAGAGUGAUUGUAGAUGAUGUCAAUGACAAUGCCCCGGAGUUUGUAGGUCCUUUACAGUUUACAGUUCCUGAGCACUGUAGUGCAGGGACUGUGGUGGGAGUGGUGAGUGCAACUGACAGAGACGAAAUUGGCACCGACCAUGUGAAGAUUAAAUAUACACUCGUAUCUGGAUCAAACAUGUUUACCAUUCAUCCAGAAACAGGUGUCAUCACAACAACAACCAACACCCUAGACAGAGAGCCAUUAGACUAUGAGAAGACGAUCACUGCACAAAAUGUAGCAUCACUGAAUGGCAGCAGUACCACGUGGCAGUCCAUCCCUAUGAAUGUCAAUGUCAAAAGAGGGGAUGGGUAA